CCUUGUUCUUUUCGCCUCUCGAACGUCCGGAACUUCAGAAUGGCAGCAUUACAACGAUUCCCAAAAACCUUGGUGAAAUCAGCUCUGAGAAGCUUACAAACAAGAGCGACAUCUCCUUAUGUUCUAAGCUCGUUGUCCGCGCAUUCGUUGCAAAAAAGGAAUUAUUCGAUUGGAGAAAAAAUCAAAGUCGAGGGAUCUGUUGUCGAAUUAGAUGGAGAUGAAAUGACAAGAAUCAUUUGGGAAAAAAUCAAGGAAAAGCUUAUCCUGCCCUACAUGGAUUUGGAUAUCAAAUAUUAUGAUCUUGGUUUACCAUAUCGUGAUGAAACAGGUGACCGUGUCACAGUGGAAGCUGCCGAAGCCAUCAAGAAAUAUAAUGUUGGCAUUAAGUGUGCUACAAUCACUCCAGAUGAAGCAAGAGUAAAAGAGUUUCAGUUGAAAAAGAUGUGGAGAAGUCCAAAUGGCACAAUCAGAAACAUCCUUGGUGGUACUGUGUUCCGUGAACCAAUCAUUUGUCAGAACAUUCCACGAUUGGUUCCUGGUUGGGAGAAGCCUAUUGUAAUUGGCCGUCAUGCUUUUGGUGACCAGUAUAGAGCAACUGAUUAUGUGGUGCGAGGUCCAGGAAAAUUCACAAUUGCUUUUGAGCCUGAAAAUGGUGAUAAAAAGACAACAGUGGUGUAUGAUUUCACUGGAGAAGGUGGUGUUAUGAUGGGCAUGUACAAUACUGAUGAGGCGAUCCGAGAUUUUGCGCACAGCUGUUUCCAGUAUUCCCUGCUCAAGAAGUGGCCUCUCUACAUGAGCACCAAGAAUACGAUUUUGAAACGAUACGAUGGCAGAUUCAAAGAUUUGUUUGAAGAAAUUUAUGAAGAUGAAUAUAAGGCCAAAUUUGACAAAGCUAAUAUUUGGUACGAGCACAGAUUAAUUGAUGACAUGGUGGCUUAUGCAAUGAAAUCACCUGGUGGAUUUGUUUGGGCAGCCAAGAAUUAUGAUGGUGAUGUGCAGUCUGAUACACUUGCCCAGGGCUAUGGUUCACUUGGUUUAAUGACCAGUGUCUUGGUAUGUGCUGAUGGUAAGACCAUUGAAGCUGAGGCAGCUCAUGGGACUGUCACAAGACAUUACAGAGAGCAUCAAAAGGGUAACGAAACAAGUACGAACCCAAUUGCAAGUAUUUAUGCAUGGACCCAAGGCUUAGCUCAUCGAGCGAAACUUGAUGGAAAUGAUGAUCUUCAAAGAUUCAGCACUCUCCUCGAGAAAGCUUGUGUAGAUUGUGUGGACAACGGUCAGAUGACGAAAGAUCUGGCCGCGUGCAUUUAUGGACUUCCAAACGUAAAACGUGAACAUUACCUCAACACUACAGAUUUCCUGGAUGCAGUGAGAGAUCGUUUCUUGGAACAGUGGCAAACGGCAUAACUAUAUAAUAAAAAUAUAUAAACAUUGACUAUCUAUUGAGUGCAGUGAUUAACUGAAGACAGAUAAACUGACCACACAAAGCAAUAUUAAUACAGAAAUUACAUAGAGAAAAUGAACUUCUACUACGUGAUAUACAAACGAAGCAAAUAAUGAACCAUUUUCCUAUUAAACUAAAUACCGAACUUGAAAAAUUCAUCAGUUAAGAGACGGGUAGCUGGAAAGAGCAUCUCAAAAUUGGUAAAAUGUUGAAAGUGAUGAAAAAUGCGAAAAAUACUGUAUCGCAGUGCGAGUAUAAAUCUUGCAUUGUAUAAAUUUUGUAUAAAGCAUUACUACUAAAGUUUUACUAAGUUGGAGAUGCUCUUAUUAACUGAACUGAUGAAUACUCUUAGUUUUAAAUUCAGUUUAUUAAUUAAUAAUAGAGGAAUUGUCCAUUAAAUAUCUAGGAACAGUUUUCAGCUAAAAAUCAGUUUUCAGCUAAAAAUAGUAUUUUUUGUCCAGAAAUUUAUAUCAUGAUAUGCAGGGAAAGGGCCAUCAAAUUGUCUUUAAAAAUUUUUGAAAAAGUAUCAAAAGUAUCAUUAACAUGCAUAAUAUAUACAGUAGAUGGCAUAUUAGGUUACUUAUAAAGAAUACUAUAGUCUUACGCCAUGUUCAGUCUUAUUUAUUUGUUUUUAAAUGAUCAAAUCUUCUAGUAAUUUAUUCAUUUUAGCUGUAGUAGUUUUUCUGUGAUAUCUCUUGUAACUUCUGUUGUUCACCUUCGCUAAUGCGUGGCCAUAAAUAAAAGAU